AUCUGAUCUCGGGGGCUUUUCUUUUUUUGGUCGCAGGGAGGGGGGGCUUUUGCUGCUGCUUUGGAGAUGUCGGGACCACUGGAUCGGUUCGCGAGGCCUUGCUUUGAGGGAUUUUCUGGUAGUGAUGAAAAAAGAGAGAGGAAAUCUGACUUUGAAAACUCUGAAGAUGAGAGGAGGACUAGAAUGGGUUCCCUCAAGAAAAAGGCGAUAAAUGCGUCUUCGAAGUUCAAACAUUCCUUGAAGAAAAAGAGCAGUAGAAGGAAAAGUGAUGGUAGAGUUAGCUCUGUUUCCAUUGAGGAUGUUCGGGAUGUAGAAGAGCUACAGGCAGUUGAUUCAUUUCGACAGGCACUGAUUUUGGAUGAAUUGCUGCCAGACAAGCACGAUGAUUAUCACAUGAUGUUACGGUUCUUGAAGGCAAGAAAAUUUGAUAUUGAAAAGGCAAAGCACAUGUGGGCUGACAUGAUUCAGUGGAGAAAGGAAUUUGGUGUUGACACUAUUAUGGAGGAUUUUGAAUUUAAAGAGUUAGAUGAAGUUCUGAAGUAUUAUCCUCAUGGAUAUCAUGGUGUGGAUAAAGAGGGAAGACCAGUUUACAUUGAAAGGCUGGGAAAAGUUGAUCCUACCAAGCUUAUGCAAGUCACGACUCUUGAUCGAUAUAUUAGAUAUCAUGUGCAAGAAUUUGAGAAAAGCUUUAUUGUCAAGUUUCCAGCUUGUACGAUAGCUGCAAAGAGGCACAUAGAUUCGAACACAACCAUUUUAGAUGUGCAAGGCGUGGGCUUUAAGAACUUCACUAAAUCUGCGCGAGAACUCAUUACGCGACUUCAGAAGAUUGAUAGUGACAACUACCCGGAGACUCUCUUCCAAAUGUUCAUCAUCAAUGCUGGUCCUGGAUUUAAGCUGCUGUGGAAUACUGUCAAGUCAUUUCUGGAUCCAAAAACUACUAACAAGAUACAUGUUCUUGGAAGCAAGUUUCAGAACAAGUUGCUUGAGAUAAUUGAUGCCAGUGAGUUGCCAGUAUUUCUAGGUGGCACCUGCACCUGUGCUGAUCAGGGUGGUUGUCUUCGAUCUGACAAGGGGCCAUGGAAAAACCCAGAUAUAUUGAAGGUGGUUUUAAGUGGUGAAUCACGACGAGCCAGACAGGUUGUUAAGGUUUUGAAUAGUGAGGGGAAGGUCAUUGCUUAUGCUAAGCCACGGUUUCCAAUGGUUAAAGGGAGUGAUACAUCGACUGCUGAAUCGGGAUCUGAAGCUGAAGAUAUUGCCUCCCCAAAAGCAAUGAAGAGUUACUCUCAUCUUCGGUUGACUCCUGUUCGAGAAGAAGCUAAGGCAAUUGGAAGGGCAAGCUAUGCUGGAACGUUCUCAGGGUAUGAUGAAUAUGUGCCCAUGGUUGAUAAAGCAGUUGAUGCUGGUUGGAAGAAGCAAUCAACCCUUCAGAGGCACUUUGCUUCUAAAGGAACUGUAGCCCAGCCAGACCCUCCAAAGACACCAGAAGGACUUCGUGCUCGGAUUUUAUUAGCUGUUAUGGCCUUCUUCAUGACUCUUUUUGCUUUGCUCCGAUCAAUAACACACCGUGUUACUAAGAAGCUUCCCAGCGCACCACUUAAUGUUGACCAGAAUAUUUCCGAAGUUGCUCCUGAUAGUACUCAGAAGGAAGAGUUCCGUCCCCCAUCACCUACUCCGGCAUUUACUGAGGCAGAUCUCCUCUCCUCUGUACUGAAAAGACUGGGUGAGCUGGAGGAGAAGGUCGAUACACUUAAAGCAAAGCCAUCUGAAAUGCCCUAUGAGAAAGAGGAAUUGCUUAAUGCUGCUGUUUGCCGUGUUGAUGCCUUAGAAGCAGAGCUAAUUGCUACUAAAAAGGCUCUAUAUGAGGCCUUGAUAAGGCAAGAGGAGCUGCUUGCAUACAUAGAUCAUCAACGAGAGACGCAAUUUCGGAAAAAGAAGUUUUGCUGGUAAGAGUGUUUUGCUGAUGGAGAGAAAGAUAGAGAGAGGACCAGGGGAUACUUGUUAUUCCUCAUGGACGCCUUCGAACGGUGUUCCACAUAUCUUGUGUUGAUACUAUGGGGGGGAAUACACAAGCCCAAGAAACUGGAUUGUCAUGCGCAGACUGUAAGGAUAUAUAUGCAGAAUUAUUGUGCAUAAAAUUUGUCUUUUGAUUUGUCCCAGCUUCUUUCCUUGUUUGCAGUGUGAGGUGAGUAAAACUUGAGACCUAAUAUUUCUACAUAAUUUAAGCUUCUAUAUUUGUUUGUUUGGCAAA